CUCGUCGAGGAGCGCAGCGGAGCGCGGGCCGAGAAUGAGUCGUAGAAAGAAUUGAAGUGAGCGAGCAGCAAAGUAGCCUUCGUACGCACCUUUCGCCCUGGCGAGCGGCCACGGCCUCCGGCACCGGCGGCCACCCGAAUCUCGCAGUGACCACUAACUCGAAGCCUCAGGAUGAGGGCGCACCACCAGCGCAACUCGAGCCUCGUCACCGACCUGGCCGCCACGAUUGCCGCUAUUCCUUCGGCCAUCAGGAUGGUGUUGGAGCCAAAAACAGGAACACAAUGUGAUUAUGGCAGCUUCGAAGACACACGACCCUUGCAGGACCCCAUCGCAAACGGGGCAGAGCCUCCUGGGGCAACAGAAACGAAUGGAGGCGUCCCCGAAGCAGACGAUUUGAGUCAAGAGCCACUCAUACCACAAGAAUGGGCUCUCAAGUUUCCACCCAGCCCGCGCCGCCUCAGCCCCACGCAUGUCAAAAUCGACAUGCCAACCCCUGCACUCAGGGACAAAACCUCCUUCCCGCCAGAGAAACUCAAAACCUUUUAUGCCUUCAUCCUAAUGUCAUGCAGCAUGGUGGCGACAACAGUUACUCUGGCCCUGGUGCACGAGAAAGUGCCGGACAGGAGCGAAGCCGGCCCGUUGCCAGACGUGGUCCUCGACCACAUUGAAGAGAACCAAUUUGGAUGGGGCCUGUACUCGUCCGAGAUUCUGAUCAUGUGCGCCACCACAACCACCUUCCUCGUGGUUUUCUUCCACAAGCACCGCUUCAUCGUUGGCCGACGAGUGUUCCUCAUCCUGUGCCUGCUUUACUUGAUGCGCUGCGUGACGAUGAGCGUCACCGUCCUGCCCAUGGCCAACAAGACCUACUACUGCUCCCCGAAGGCCAACUCGACCAGCUUUUUGCUCAUUGCAGGCAGGGCGCUGCACCUGCUGUCGGGCUUUGGCCUCUCCAUCAACGGCCAGCAUACAUAUUGUGGCGACUACCUGUACAGCGGCCACACCGUCAUCCUCGUCCUUUGCUACCUGGUCAUCCAGGAAUACACUCCGAGGAGGUGUCGUCUGCUGCACUGGCUGGCAUGGUCGGCAGCAUUAGCCGGGAUGGUGUUCAUCCUGAUCUCAAGAGCGCACUACACUGUCGACGUGGUUGUCGCCUACUAUGUCACAACUCGCCUCUUCUGGAUUUACCACACCCUUGCCAAUAACAUGGAACUGAAGCAAAGUGGCCCAAACAACUUUUUGGGGAGAGUGUGGUGGUUCCCAGCGUUCCGAUACUUUGAGGCCAACGUCAGUGCCGUGGUGCCGAAGCAGUUUGAGUGGCCGUUUCCGCGGCGUUUAUUCGCAAAACACCCAAACCGCGAGUGCUGACCUUUGACACACCCAGAGCAGGACUCUAGAGAGAGAAAACGAAAUUGUUGUUUUUGCCAAACACGACUGACGCCAACCUAGCUUUUAAGCAGUACACACCACCAGUCUAGGUUUAAGAUUUAAAUAUUACUAUUAUAAAUUAUACUACAAUGUUUCGUAACGAAAUUAUUUAGAUAUAGUCCCUGAAUGAAAAUCAAUAUGUUCAGUUUCUAAAUUCGGGCGCACAAAAGUCACACUGCUCAAAUUUCGGAAAAGUUUAUCAUGUCGCAAGAACCAAAAGGAAAUAUUUCACAAGCAAUCUCUUAUUGUGCAACGACCUUACAAGUAGACAUGUAUUUAGACUGCACCAUGUAUAUUUUGAUACUAAAGUAUUUCGCUUGCGUUCUUGUGCAUUAAAUAUUUCGGUGUCAAACCUCUCAAGCCACAAAUGCACACAAACUUUUUUUUAUUCCAAAAUUUUGAUUUAUUUAGACGUAAUAAAUAUCAAAGUGCGCCUAGGAGAGUUCUUUAAUAGAGGAAAACUCUGAACUGUCUUGAUAAUUGAGAGGGAUUUUAUGAACUGGGCUAUUUACAAUUUUUAGAUCUUGGAGAAACAUUAAAAUUAGAUUGAUGAAACAAUGAAGAAUAUCAACGAUUGUGAUCCGAUAUAAAAAGUAUUCACAUGUAUGUAGCAAAUGAUGUGUUGAUCGUAUGUGUUCGAAAACAAUGAAUAAUAUCUCCAAUGAUAUCUUGGGUAUAAAUUAUUAAUUAAUAAUAAUUAUAAGUUAGGGUUCCAAUAUUUGGCUUGCUCCACUGUUUCUAAUCACUAGACUGUGAAAAUUAAAAAUAUUCUGAAAAGUAGUUAGCAGCUGUGGAACAGAAAAAUUGUGUGAUAUUUAUUAGUGUUAUAAUUUUUGCAUUGCUGUAAAAUGAAUUAUCAUGGAUCUGGGGCGCUAAAAAGAAAGUGUGCAUCUUAUUCUGUUCAGUAAAUUUAUCUUUACUGAAUAAUUUUGAUUCAGCUAUAUUUUUCAGUCUUCUUAGAGAUCUGCAUAAUCAUCAAUUUCUGGUAGCUCAAUUGUUUUUCUGUCAAAAUUUUCAAAGAAAUUAUUAAAUAUUGUAUUUCAUUCCCGUAGCUAUUUUUUUUCUCAUGGCUGGAAUGUCUAUUUCUCUCAUUUUUUAGUUUUUUUCCUACAGUACAUUAUGUAUUUUUCUUAUUCAAAUGGCCAUUAUGCUUUUUCAUAAUUUAAUUUGAAUUAAGUGUACCUUAAAUUUAAAGCCCUGCUGGCAUAUCUCUGUCAUUUUUUUAUUAUAGAAUGAAGAAGAUGUCAAAAAGUCACAUCGGAAAUAAUGAACUUUUAUUAUAAUUAUAUGAACUGAGCAUAAUUAUACUAGGAAUUAGGAGAUUAUAAAAUAAAAUAAUAUUAUUUUGAAUGCAAAUAA